UCGCAGAACUUAUCCCAUCACUCCUAUUAUUUUAUCAGUAAACCCUUGUGUUGACUCGCAGAUUUAAACAAGAUUCUUCUCGGCGACCAUGGGAAACUGCCUUGGCAAAAUUAGCCGUGCUCCAACUGCGGCAGCAUUGGAUUUGGAGGGAAGGAGCAACAGUGAAGAGCCAAGUCCGACGGCCGAGAUCGUGACGCCAAAUCUUAAAAUGUUCGGUUUAGACGAGCUGAAGAGCGCCACCCGAAACUUCAGACCCGACACGGUGCUAGGGGAGGGCGGCUUCGGGAGGGUAUUCAAGGGAUGGAUCGACUACAACACCUUGAAGCCAUCCAAAAUUGGCGUCGGAAUCCCCGUCGCCGUCAAGAAAUGUAAUCCUGACAGUAUUCAGGGCUUAGAAGAAUGGCAGAGUGAGGUGAGAUUCUUGGGGAAGUUCUCCCAUCCAAACCUGGUCAAGCUCAUCGGCUACUGCUGGGAGGAGAAUCAGCUGAUGCUUGUGUACGAGUACAUGCAGAAGGGCAGCUUGGAAAACCACCUCUUCGGAAGAGGACCUGACCCGCUCGCGUGGGACGUGAGGCUCAAGAUCGCCAUAGGAGCAGCUCGGGGCCUGGCCUUCCUGCAUGCCUCCGAGAAGUCUGUUAUCUAUCGGGACUUCAAGUCCUCCAACAUUUUGCUGGACGGGGGGUUCAAUGCCAAGCUUUCAGAUUUCGGGCUCGCAAAGCUCGGCCCCGCCAACGGCAGAUCCCACAUAACCACCAGGGUCAUGGGGACGUACGGCUACGCAGCCCCCGAGUAUAUAGCCACCGGUCAUCUGUACGUGAAAAGCGAUGUGUACGGAUUUGGGGUGGUGCUGUUAGAAAUUCUGACGGGGUUAGCGGCACUUGAUCCCAACAGGCCCAGCGGCGAACAUAAUUUGGUGGAUUGGAAGAGGCCAUGCUUGAGCAGUAAGAAGAAGCUCAAAACCAUAAUCGACCCAAAGCUGGGACACCGCUAUUCCCUGACCGCUGCAUUUAACAUGUGCCGUCUCAUUCUCAAAUGUUUAGAAUCCGAUCCUAAAAAUCGACCCUCUAUGCAAGAUGUCUUGACCACUUUAGAGACAGCCUAUCGCACCCCAUACGAACCUAAGCCCAGGUCUAAGACCAGGCCCCUGAAGUCCAGUUCUGUCCAACCACCCUCUCCAUUUUCAAUUCGUUAGUUCACUCACCCUCGCCCGCUCGCCCCCCAUGACCCCUUGCGCUUGACCUCUCCUAUCAGCUUGCGACACGUGACUGUUCGUCGUACAUAUGUAUAUUUUUAUCCGCUAUCAAGUUCGUAGUACAUGCUUGUGAUAUGCUGAUAUGUUUUGUUUUGUGACAAUAUUCUGCUAUUCGCGUCCUGCCAUGCAUAAUCCAGCUUCGGUAACUAAUUGAUGGACAACAAAAGUCAGCAAUGUUUCGCGCCAAACUUGCUUGGGGCAGGGUGGGCGCAGCCCAAUAGAAGGAAAGAUACACUCACCAACCUGGCCCAUGCAUUUAUGAGGGUCAUGUCUAGAAGUUUCAAGACCUGAAACAGAAUUAAUGUAAAAGCAAGUAAUAUGUAAAAAACUUAUCAUAAAUGCAUUUCAUUAGCACCAACAAAUACGGAUUCAAUUAAUAAAAAUUUGGUCUGCAAUUCACCAUGCAUGCAUGCUUU